AUGCGACAUGUCUAUGAUGCUUCCAAGUCCAAGGAGACUGUAAUUGGAAAGGCUGAUGAGACAGUUGAAAGACGAGAUAGAAAUUCAGAUGCCAGAAAGUCAACAAGGGAUGAUUCACCAAGCCGAAGUACGAGGCAUAGGCCAGAUAAGAAUGAUAGAAACAAUAAUACAAAGAACCAUACAGGGAAAGACAAUGAUAGGGUAGUGGAAAGUUUUAAGGAAGGAACGGAUAAGAAGGGAGAUGAGGACCAUAGAAGGCAUGAAGAAAGGCAUGCAAGAAAUAAAAGUUUCUUUGAUCUUCUCUGCUAUCCGAAUGCCAAAGAAUUGCAUAAACAUAAAGAUUUGAAAACUCCAACUGCUGAUAUGGAUUCUUUAUCCAUUGAGAGGAUAAAAGAUUUGAGCUCACCUAUUAUUGAAGUCAGGGGAUUCCAAAACUUGAUUGAAGUGAAAGUAAGUGAGGUGAAAGAGAGUGUUGGGACUUUUAGUUCCACUGUAUACCAAUGUAGUGUGGAUUCUUAUAGAAGAUUUGAUGAUUCUGUCAUGUUUACUAGAGUUGCUGAGAAACACCGAUGCCUUCUUAAUGCAUUUGUUAAGCAGAACCCUGGCUUGUUGGAAAGAUCGCUCUCUAUGAUGCUAAAAGCUCCCGAUUGA